AUGGCAGGUUGCUCGCCAGCCUCAGGCUUUGUGGCUUUUUUGCCUCUCGCAGCAGCCCGAGUGAUGUCUCCUCGUUUCUCCAUCAGGAUGAAAAACCUGUACGUUCGCAAAACAAUCUGUGCGCCGAGGUUUUUUCGCCUCUGGACGAAGGCGCGCGCCGUCACUAAAACGCUGCUUUCUGAUGCCUCUCUCCCGAACUUUCAGGCCGUAAUGUUGCUGCGUCACCUGAUGCGGUCAGACAACUGCAGCCACCAAGUUCUCCCUGGGUUCCUCCUCGUCUUAGAUUGUGAUUGUACGUUCUCCGCCACAGCUUGAGUUUUCGGAUGGAAGCAUGGCAAUUCAAACAUAAACGAACAGACAGCGCAGCUUCGUUGAGGCAUCCAGCUUUGCGAAUGCCCGCCCUGCUGCCUCCAAGAACUCAAUGUUGAAAGGCGAUAUGUUCAGAUCGAGAGGAGCGCUGCGGGGGAGGCACUGACACUGGCGUCUGGGGGUGGGAUGUUCAUGUUCCAGACAAAGAUCGGAUGUCUGGACAGUGGAAGAGAGUUUGCAGAAACGUUAUGUGUCGCGCCUUUUUGUCACUGGGUUUCCUUGUUGUAAUCUGCACAGAACUCGAAACCUUGUAAAAGAUGCAAGUUUGGAUUCUCUGCUGGUUUCAGACUGUGAGUGGCUCCGUACGAAAGUGUGUGUGUCGCGACAUUCCGUCCAGCGAGUCUGAGCCCCGCUGACACGGCGUGAUGUCGAUUUACAGAACAGUUUAGACAAGGAUCCGGACUUCUUCUUGUCUGUAUCUCUCUUCUAAGUUAGGUAUGUUCUGCGUUCUUGUCCCUUUCGUGUGCUUCACUUUGAGCUGAGUCGAGAGAAGGAAGGAGAAUUCGAGUCCUUUGAGUUUGACCGCUAUUUCUGGUGAGACAUACAGUGCGGUCUUUCAGACUUCCGGCAGUCGGGCGAGGCGUGAUGUCGUCCAAGUUAACCGUGAAGACUCUGAAGUUCGCGCGAUUUGGAUUUCAGUCAACGAGCCGUCCGUCCAGAUCUGCUUUCUCCGCAGACUCGGUUCGCGUCUUCGCGUUCUGCGCAGCGUUCGAGAGCAGAGAACUGAGGACUCGUUCCUCUGCAGACGUAUCCGUGUCUUGUGGGUCUGGCAGUUUGCGCCGUCUCGAUGAUUCCGAACUUCGUUUGUCAGCUGAAUCGAGAUUGUCGUUGUCUUUUGCCGUUUGCCUGUGUCUUUGCAGUUGAUAUGGACUGCCUUGCUGGUG